UCUCACUGAACAUAAGUCAACCUUCUACUCUCAACAACAACAACAACAACAACACGUUCCCUUUCAUGGCCACAUCAUCAAUCGCUGGCGCUUCCUCCAACUUCACCCUUCUCCACCGCACUCAGGGGAGAAGGAACGACGCCGUAGAGGGUGGUGGUGGUGUUCGUGUGUUGUCUUCGGGUGGCAACUUUCUGAAACUCUUGAGGUUGAAGCACAACAAGCUGAGCACGUGCUAUGCAACUCGUUCCACUACUGUGCCACGUGCUUCUUCCACUCAUGAGGUUGUUGUUGGUGGUGGAGUUCUUGAGAAGGAGAAGGAGGAAGGGAGGGUCUUGAGGGUUGGUCUCAUCUGUGGUGGUCCUUCUGCUGAGCGUGGAAUUUCCCUCAAUUCAGCUAGAUCAGUUCUUGAUCACUUGCAGGGAGAUGAUUUACACUUGAGUUGCUAUUAUAUUGAUUGCAAUCUCAAUGCAUAUGCAAUUUCUUCUGCUCAGGUAUAUUCCAACACCCCUGCUGAUUUUGAUUUUAAACUUGAAAGCCUUGCCAAAAGUUUCCAAACUUUGGCUGACUUGGCAGAGCAUCUGGCUACAGCUGUGGACAUAGUAUUUCCAGUUAUACAUGGUAAAUUUGGUGAAGAUGGUGGCAUUCAGGAACUGCUGGAAAAGUAUAAUGUUCCAUUUGUUGGCACAGGAUCUAAUGAGUGCCUUCAAGCAUUUGACAAGUUUAAAGCAUCGUUGGAGCUCAGGAAGCAUGGAUUCAUAACAGUACCCAGUUUCUUAGUUCAGGGGUAUGAAGCAAAGAAAUCAGAACUAUCAGAGUGGUUUAUAAAACACCAGCUGGACCCUGACUCGGGAAAAGUUGUGGUUAAACCAACAAGAGGAGGGUCAAGCAUCGGUGUCAAAGUUGCAUAUGGUGUGACUGAUUCUCUUGUAAAAGCAAAUGAAAUUAUGUCUGAGGGAAUUGACAAUAAAGUGCUAAUAGAAAUAUUUCUGGAAGGAGGGAGUGAGUUUACAGCCAUUGUCCUUGAUGUAGGAUCUGGUUCAGAUCGUUGUCCUGUUGUGCUACUUCCUACUGAGGUGGAGCUUCUAGUCCGUGGUGCAAAUGAUAUGAAAGAGAAUGAUGCAAUAUUUAAUUACCGUAGGAAGUACCUUCCAACCCAACAGGUUGCUUAUCACACUCCUCCUCGAUUUCCUUUGGAUGUAAUUGAGAAUAUUCGCAAAGGAGCAUCUCUGUUAUUUCAACGGUUUUGCCUGCAAGAUUUCGCACGAAUUGAUGGAUGGUUUUUGCCUAAUUCAGGUUGUACAUUAUCAUCUUCAGAAAGUGAGUUUGGAAGGACUGAAUCUGGUACUGUAAUAUUCACUGACAUUAACCUGAUCAGUGGUAUGGAACAAACCAGUUUUCUAUUUCAGCAAGCUUCUAAGGUUGGGUUUUCGCAUAAAAACAUCCUUAGGAGCAUUAUUCACCAUGCUUGCUUGCGAUUUCCAAAUCUUGCAUCAGUUAGUCGAAUAUCAGGUCAGGUUCCAAGCAGAUCGAAAUCCUCAGAACUUAACAAGUCAUUUCAUCGCAAUGAAGGUGCUCGAAAAGUUUUUGUCAUCUUUGGAGGUGACACAUCAGAACGGCAAGUAUCUCUUAUGAGUGGUACCAAUGUCUGGCUCAAUUUGCUAGCCUUCCAUGAUCUUGAGGUAACUCCAUGUUUGCUGUCCUCAACAAGUGAGUAUGCAUCCAAUAACGAAAUGGGAAAGAAGGCUGAUGAUGUAAGGAAUAGAACAGUUUGGUCACUACCUUAUUCUCUUGUUCUACGACAUACUACUGAGGAAGUACUCGCUGCAUGCUUAGAAGCAAUUGAGCCAGAUCGGGCUGCACUAACAUCUGAACUAAGGAAGAAAGUAAUGAAUGAUCUCACGAAGGGUUUGCAGGAUCACAAUUGGUUUACAGGGUUUGAUAUUUCUGACGAACUUCCUAUGAAAUUUUCAUUAAGGCAGUGGAUCAAGCUAGCCAAGGAAGUCCAGGCAACAGUUUUUAUUGCAGUGCAUGGAGGCAUUGGAGAAGAUGGUACGCUUCAAUCUUUGUUGGAUGCUGAAGGAGUUCCCCACACAGGUCCUUGUGCAAUGGCAUCAAAGAUUUGUAUGGACAAAGUUGCAACUUCUGUUGCUUUAAAGCAUCUUGCGAAUUCGGGAGUUCUUACCAUAAAUAAGGACGUCAGGCAAAAAGAUGAUUUGUUUAAUAAUCCCAUAAAUGAUAUUUGGGAUGACCUCACCCUGAAGCUACAGUGUGAAACAUUAUGUGUCAAGCCAGCGAGAGAUGGAUGCUCAACUGGGGUUGCAAGACUAUGUUGUUCCAAUGACCUUGCUAUAUAUGUCAAAGCUCUGGAGGACUGUCUACUAAGGAUUCCUCCUAAUUGUUUAUCAAAGGCACAUAGUAUGAUUGAGAUGCCAAACCCUCCUCCAGAACUCUUGAUCUUUGAACCUUUCAUAGAGACAGAUGAAAUAAUAGUGACAUCCAAAUUUAAGAAUGAGACUGGUCAUGGCUUCAUGUGGAAAGGGCACAAUAGAUGGGUGGAAAUAACAGUUGGCGUCAUAGGAAAACGUGGAUCAAUGCACUCACUCAGUCCUAGUGUAACUGUCAAGGAAACUGGCGAUAUUUUGUCACUAGAGGAGAAGUUCCAAGGUGGGACUGGCAUCAAUCUGACUCCACCUCCCUUGUCAAUUAUGAGUGAGAAAGCUUUGGAGAGAUGUAAACAGCAUAUUGAACUGAUUGCAAACACUCUACAAUUAGAAGGAUUUUCACGUAUUGAUGCAUUUGUCAAUGUUGACAGCGGAGAGGUUUUGAUUAUAGAGGUAAAUACUGUGCCUGGAAUGACACCUUCCACUGUUCUGAUUCAUCAGGCACUAGCAGAACAACCACCAUUGUAUCCUCAUCAGUUCUUCCGUACGCUUCUUGAUUUGGCAUCUGAAAGGUCUGAGUAAAUAUGUUUAAAAGAAUGUUUGCAUUGGUUUCAUCAAAUGCUGAUAUCACUGGAAGCUAUUGUGUAGCAGCAGAUGACAUUAAUGUUCCUAUGUGUGAGUUGCUUCCCUAUGUAAUAUGAAACUUCAAUUUCAUUCUUAUUUUCUUAUUUCCCUUCCAAGUAUGUUAUCAAGUGCAAUCAGAGGUUAUUCAGGUUCUUCCAUCUAGUACUGAAUUUCCAAGAAAUCUUCUAUGUGCUUUCAACAAUAUGUAGUUGUGUGGCGAAAAUCACAAG